AGGGAGGGGCCGUGGGGCGGUGACGUCGCCGAAAGUCGGGUCGCAGCGCGGCCCCGUGGAGGUCGUGAGCCCUCCCCCCGGGGGCGUGGCGAGGCCGGGCCAUAUAGGCCGGCGCUGGCCGCCGACGGGCGAGCUUGUGGGGUGGCGACAGGUAGGGUAGGACGCGUCGUCCCCGUGUCCUCGCUCGUGGGCCUCCCGGAGGCCGAGCCGCCGCUCCGGUGACUAUCAUGUGGGCACUGGAGAGGCGGGGACCGCCGCCCUUGACCCGGCCUUGGGCGCUGCCCACCCUACUGUUGGCUCUGGCGGCACAGGGGGCGGCGGCGACGGCGACGGCGGGCGCGCUCACCUACCCGUGGCGGGACGCGGAGACCCGGGAGUGGCUGGUGUGCGGCCAGUGCCCCCCGGGCACCUUCGUGCAGCGGCCGUGCCGUCGGGAUGCCCCCACGACGUGCGGCGCGUGCCCUCCGCGCCACUACACGCAGUUCUGGAACUACCUGGAGCGCUGCCGCUACUGCAACGUCAUCUGCGGGGAACGCGAGGAGGAGGCGCGGCCCUGCGACGCCACCCACAACCGCGCCUGCCGCUGCCGCCCCGGCUUCUUCGCCCACGCGGGCUUCUGCCUGGAGCACGCGCCUUGCCCGCCCGGCGCGGGCGUGACUGUCCCCGGCACCCCCAGCCAGAACACGCAAUGCCAGCCGUGCCCCCCGGGCACCUUCUCUGCCAGCAGCUCGAGCUCGGAACAGUGCCAGCCCCACCGCAACUGCACGGCCCUGGGCCUCGUCCUCAACGUGCCCGGCUCCGCCUCCCACGACGCCCUGUGCACUAGCUGCGCCGGCUUCCCACUGGGCACCCCGGAGCCAGGGGGGCCAGGAGCCGAGGAGUGUGAGCGCGCUGUCAUUGACUUCGUGGCUUUCCAGGACUGGUCCUUCAAGAAGCUCCUGCGGCUGUGGCAGGCGCUCAGGGGCCCAGAAGCACAAGGCCUAGUGCCACCCAGGGAGGGUCGCAACGGCCUGCAGCCGAAGCUGAGGCAGCAGCUCCUGGAGCUCCGUGAGGCGCAGGCUGGGGCGCUGGCUGUGCGGCUGCUGCGGGCCCUGCGCGAAGCCCGGCUGCCUGGGCUGGAACGCAGUGUCCGCACACGCUUCUGGGCACGCUGAGCACCCCGCCCCCUAUUUAUUCUGUUCCCCAGCUGGGGCUCCCACAUGGGCAUCACACCGAAAGUGACUUACUGAAGUAAGCUCAACCGACCGGGGUCCCAUUACAGUAACAAAGUUUAUUUUUUAUAAAGCCGUUAUAAAACGGA